CCGCUGAUCCACCGGUAUCAUGGCUUCCUAACAGGAGGGAGAGCUGAUUGAGAGGAAAAACAAGGAUUUUUGCCGCAUGCCCGACAAAUAAUCGCCCUUUCCAGAACCCGAGCUUGGAAGUGAGGGGCUUGGCCUCCCUUUCAGUCCCCAACGGCCGCCCCUGGGAUUCAAGCUACACUUUUAUUUUAUUGGUGAAUUUCCCUUCGUGGACCGUGGAAGAUGGCCGACCCGGCGGAGUGCACCAUCAAAGUGAUGUGCCGUUUUAGGCCUCUGAACAGCUCCGAGGUGACCAGAGGCGACAGAUACAUCCCCAAGUUCCAAGGGGAAGACACUGUUAUUAUUGCGGCCAAACCGUACAUGUUCGACAGAGUGUUUCCUUCAAAUACGACACAGGAACAAGUGUACAACGCCUGCGCCCAGAAGAUUGUAAAAGAUGUUCUGGAGGGAUACAAUGGAACAAUUUUUGCCUAUGGACAAACGUCAUCUGGGAAGACACACACCAUGGAGGGAAAUCUCCACGACACAGAUUCAAUGGGCAUCAUCCCCAGGAUAGUGCAGGACAUUUUCAACUAUAUCUAUUCCAUGGAUGAAAACCUGGAGUUUCAUAUCAAAGUUUCAUAUUUUGAAAUUUACCUAGACAAGAUCCGGGACCUUUUGGAUGUGUCAAAGACCAAUUUGUCAGUGCAUGAAGACAAAAACAGAGUACCCUACGUCAAGGGCUGCACUGAGAGAUUUGUCUGCAGCCCAGAGGAAGUCAUGGACACAAUUGAUGAAGGCAAAUCGAACAGACACGUAGCGGUUACAAACAUGAACGAGCACAGUUCCAGGAGUCACAGUAUUUUCCUGAUAAACGUCAAGCAGGAGAACACACAAACCGAGCAGAAGCUCAGUGGCAAACUGUACCUGGUGGAUCUGGCUGGUAGUGAAAAGGUCAGUAAGACAGGUGCUGAGGGAGCUGUGCUGGAUGAAGCCAAGAACAUCAACAAGUCUCUGUCAUCCUUGGGAAACGUCAUCUCUGCUCUGGCCGAAGGAACGGCUUAUAUCCCGUACCGAGACAGCAAGAUGACCCGUAUCCUCCAGGACUCUCUGGGUGGUAACUGUAGAACCACCAUUGUUAUCUGCUGCUCACCGUCAUCCUUUAAUGAGGCUGAAACCAAAUCUACUCUUAUGUUUGGACAAAGAGCAAAGACCAUCAAGAACACUGUGACGGUGAACAUCGAGCUGACAGCUGAGCAGUGGAAGCAGAAGUAUGAGAGGGAAAAGGAGAAGAAUAAGACCCUGAGGAACACGGUCACCUGGUUGGAGAACGAGCUCAACCGAUGGAGGAAUGGUGAGAGUGUGCCGGUGGAGGAACAGUUUGACAAAGAAAAGGCCAACGCUGAGGUGCUGGCCCUCGACAACAUACUCAAUGACAAGCCGGCCUCUACACCUAAUGUGCCCGGCGUUCGCCUCACUGAUGUGGAAAAAGACAAGUGUGAGGCGGAGCUGGCCAAGCUUUACAAACAGCUGGAUGAUAAGGAUGAGGAGAUCAACCAGCAGAGCCAGCUGGCAGAGAAGCUGAAACAGCAGAUGCUGGACCAGGAGGAGCUUCUAGCCUCUUCCCGCCGAGAUCAUGAGAACCUCCAGGCAGAGCUGAACCGCCUGCAGGCAGAGAAUGAGGCCUCCAAAGAGGAAGUGAAGGAGGUGCUGCAGGCUCUGGAGGAGCUGGCUGUUAACUAUGACCAGAAGAGCCAGGAAGUAGAGGACAAAACCAAGGAAUUUGAAGCUAUCAGUGAGGAGCUCAGCCAGAAAUCUUCCAUCCUGUCAUCUCUGGACUCUGAGCUGCAGAAGCUGAAGGAGAUGUCCAACCACCAGAAGAAGAGGGUGACUGAGAUGAUGUCGUCACUGCUCAAAGACUUGGCAGAGAUUGGCAUUGCAGUGGGCAGCAAUGACAUCAAGCAACAUGAUGGUAGCGGUCUGAUAGAUGAAGAGUUCACAGUGGCUCGCCUGUACAUUAGUAAGAUGAAGUCAGAGGUAAAGACUAUGGUGAAACGCUGUAAGCAGUUGGAGAGCACCCAAUCAGAGAGCAACAAGAAGAUGGAUGAAAACGAGAAGGAGCUCGCUGCCUGUCAGCUGCGCAUCUCCCAGCACGAGGCUAAGAUCAAGUCCCUGACUGAGUACCUGCAGAACGUUGAACAGAAGAAGAGGCAGUUGGAAGAGAAUGUUGACUCUCUUAAUGAAGAACUUGUCAAGCUCAGUGCUCAGGAAAAAGUUCAUGCAAUGGAGAAAGAGAAUGAGAUCCAGACUGCGAAUGAAGUGAAGGAAGCAGUGGAGAAGCAGAUCCACUCUCACCGUGAAGCCCACCAGAAACAGAUCAGCAGCCUGAGAGACGAACUGGACAACAAGGAGAAACUCAUCACUGAGCUGCAGGAUCUGAACCAGAAGAUCAUGUUGGAGCAGGAGAGGCUCCGAGUGGAGCACGAGAAGCUCAAAUCAACAGAUCAGGAGAAGAGCCGCAAGCUUCAUGAGCUGACUGUGAUGCAGGACAGGAGGGAGCAGGCCAGACAAGACCUGAAGGGUCUGGAAGAGACUGUGGCGAAGGAGCUACAGACUCUUCACAACCUGAGAAAACUCUUUGUCCAGGACCUGGCCACCAGAGUUAAAAAGAGCGCUGAGAUGGACUCUGACGACACAGGGGGCAGUGCUGCACAGAAACAGAAAAUUUCCUUUCUUGAGAACAAUCUUGAGCAGCUCACCAAAGUUCACAAACAGCUGGUGCGUGAUAAUGCAGACCUGCGUUGUGAGCUUCCUAAACUGGAAAAGCGUCUUCGUGCUACGGCUGAGCGGGUCAAAGCCCUGGAGUCUGCUCUGAAGGAGGCUAAGGAGAACGCUGCCCGUGACCGCAAGCGCUACCAGCAGGAGGUGGACCGCAUCAAGGAGGCUGUCAGGGCCAAGAACAUGGCCAGGAGGGGACACUCCGCACAGAUUGCCAAACCCAUCCGGCCCGGGCAGCAGCCAGUAGCAUCUCCCACUCACCCCAACAUCAACCGCAGCGGAGGAGGCUUCUACCAGAACAGCCAGACAGUGUCCAUCAGGGGAGGAGGCAGCAGCAAGCCGGACAAGAACUGAAGAGCAGCGGAAUGAAAGGCCGACACCACAGAAGAAGUCAGUGUCACCCCCCAGUGUCAUUCCAUUACAGCGAACAGGCUCCUUGUUGCUGCUUUGGAGCCAGAAGGAGUUUGAGAUAUAAAUAUAAAUAUAUAAAUAUUCCCGGCCUGUACAGCUCCAGUUUCCCACAACCUCACCCUACUCCCUCAAUAAUUUUCUCUUUUUCUCUUAUUGGAUAUUAAUAAAAAGAAAAACUCUAUGAAAGGCAAGGUAAUAUUGUUAUCCACUGAACCAAAUGCAGUCUUGAGCGCAGGCUCAGCGUGCGAAACCACACGCGACGCGAAUGUGUAGCUUUGGUUUCGAGUUUUUGAUUUGCACAGUCUGUCGUCAUCUGUCGUCGUGCGAGUAGUUCUGCACUGUGCCAAGCUGAAUGUAACAGUAGCAAGAGCUGAAAAAAAAGAAAAACAAAAAAAACCCUAAAGCCACAAAAAAAAAUUCCUAAAAAACCUGUAGGCCUAACCUCUGUACAUUUCAUCAUUACUAUUAUUGGUUGUUAACCACACUUCUGGAUGGAUUUUACAUGCUUCUUUAAGGAUAUAACUACAAAAAUAACUGUGCGGUUUUGAAUAGAGUAGAUGGCGUCAAGCACUGCUGUUCUGUCCAGUCUUGUUGUACAGAUGUAAAAUUGGCACUACUGCACACACCUCCCUGGAGUCUGGCCUGAAUGGGAGUCAGGAGUAGCUGAAAGGAAGGAUUUAAAAAAAAAAAAAAAAAGAAGAAUAAAAAGCCAAGGCGUGCGACAGUGUACUGUAGAUGUAUUUAACUAAAUACCUGUGGAGGCCAAUUGUUUUUAUCAUUAAGUUAAAAUAAAACCUAUACUUGUCGUUGGUGACUUAAUGAGAAGGAUGUAAAGAAUGUAAAAGGAAGAAAGAGGAUGAUCAUGGUAAAACAACUAUUAGCAUCGCCUAUGCUAAGUAGCUAAACAUACUGUUUUUGCUCCUCAGUGGUUACUAUAUUCUAUAUCUCUGCACAUUGGAGCACAUAGACUGCGGGCAAAUAGGCUGAGAGCGCGCGUGUACUGCUUGUCCUGUCCUAGCGGGUCGCUGUCAGUCACCCCCCUUCUCUCACCUUUUCACAACCUUUUUGAUUUCUUUUUUCCCAGUUUGUUGACCCCCGCCGUACUAUUCUUUUCAAGGGUGCCUCGCUACCUUUUUGUUGUUUCUGAUAGACUUAGGAUAUGUAACUGUACAUGCCCCUUUGGUUGUAAAUUUGCAGGAAGCAUUGUGUUUUGCUGGGUUUUAUGUACUGUAUCUCUUUCUUUGUUCCAUAGUUGCAUAUUUGAAGGGGAACCACAUGCAUGGGUGUCAGUCAGUGGGUCAGACGCGUUCUGCUGAUCAGCCAGUCAGGAGAGCAGGGUCUAUAAUUGCACAACAAUCCUUUGUCAUCAUGGAAGAAGGGUUUAUUUAACUAAGUUUAGUCAGUUGUAGGAUUUUUGUGUUUUGUUGUCUUUUUGUAGUUUUUUUAAUGCCCCCCCCCCCCCCCCCCCACAGCUUGUUUAUUUUUUUUACCCAGUGAAGCCCCAGUGCAUUGACAAAGAGCUUGUGUUUGGAACCCCAGCAUGAGAACACUAACAUCUUGUGCAAGUGCAAUAUACUGUAAAAUACACUGUAUGUUAUCCAACUGGCAGGUGUGGUCAGGUGUCUGAGCAGUAGUAAUCCUGCCCCUCUUCUCUCCAGCUUCACUUUCACUAACAUUUGGCUUUUAGCGUGUGUGUGUGUGUUUUCUUUUCCAUCAAGACUUUUAUUCAUUGGUCUUUCUGGAAAGAUGGAACAUGCCAAAAUUUAAAAAUUAAUAAAAAUCUAUUACUUUAAUGGGCAGCAAAGUUGCCUGGCGAAACCUUAUUGUUCAAUACACUAGUAGAAAUUAGAAUAACCUAUUAUCUUGUUUAUGUCCCAGUGAUUUAAAGAAAGUCCAGUUAAGACAACAUCCUAUUAAAACCUGUCAUCUUAUGCUGGGUUUGAUAGCACUUCUUUACAGAACAACACUCCAUGUUUUUAACUGCAACAUAAAAGGUUGCCGGCGCCCUGUAACUGAACUGAUUGACAGCAAAAAAAACUGAAGUGAAAGCUGCUGGAAGGAGUUGAGUGAAUCUAUGACAGGACAGUGUUUGAUGUGUAUCCAGAUGGUUUAUUCCCUCUGCGUAAUUAUCUAGUUAAUUUAAACUCUGCAGCGUGGACCUCAAAAUGUUUAUCAUUUGACCUUUCACCAAAACUGGAUAUAAAAAUGGUAAAUAAACACAGCAAAGAAGACUUGUGGCAUUUAAUUUAAUUGACAGAAUAUAAAUGCAUCAUUUUAUUACUGUGUAAUAGUGGGUCAAUUUCUUAAGGGUUUUGAGGAUCCAUCAGCAGCAAAGGUACUGGAUCAUUCCUGGAGAACUGGGGCACAAAUAGCAGGGCUCUGAUACGGACAGAAAUGGGAAGUAAUGAGAUCACAGUUUUGGAUUGACUGCAUGAUGUAAAUGUAUGUGUGAUUAAAUAAGUAUGAUAAAAAACA